AAAUAAACUGCAGUAUUUGAUUGUCAUUAAAAUUUUUCUCGUCAAUAGGAAAACGAUAAUUUACACGUGCUUUUUACAUUGUUAUUAAUAUUGUUUUAUCAACAAAGCAGUUACCUUUAAAGUGUUGUAAAAAGGAUGCAAUUUGGUAUAACCGGGAAAUUUGCCAAAAUUCCGGUCCCCACUAGGAAACGAGAAGGCCCCCAACAAACCGGCGGCAGGAAUCCAUCUAACGAAGAGGAUACAUCGUCCGCUGGAAGGAUGAAUAGCAAAAGAAAGAAUCGUUCAAACACUACCACUAGUUACUUUUCUCGUGACAUUAGAUCCCCGCGGGCCAGGGAAAGGAGUGUUGCAGCCGAGGGUGUUUAUAACAAUGCACAUUUUAUGCAUGCAAUCACAAGUCUUGUUGGAAACGUUGUGCAGAUUCAAACGCAAAAUGGUUCUAUAUAUGAAGGAAUAUUUAGAACCUUUUCCAGUCAGUUCGAUGUCGUUUUGGAAAUGGCUCAUCGAGUUGAUACAGAUGGAAAAAUUACUGUUGAAAGUGUUGUAGAAAAAUUGAUUUUUAAACCCCAGGAUAUUAUAACAAUGACUGCUAAGGAUGUUGAUUUGGAUUACGCUAUUAAAGAUACAUUCCAAACUGAUACAGCUAUUAGUAAAUAUAAUGGUCAAGUACGUCAAAGAGAAUUGGAGCCCUGGCAACCUCCAUCAACAAUGAAUGGAGUUGAAUUUGAUUUGGACGGUGCUUCUAAUGGAUGGGAUGCAAAUGACAUGUUUCGGAAAAACGAAGUAAUGUACGGAGUUCAAACAACUUUUGAACCCUCCUUGGCUGGAUAUACGUUGCAACUUCAGCGAAAAGAUACAAAAGAUUACAAGGAUCAAGAGCAAAGAGCGGCUGAUAUUGCACACGAAAUUGAAUCGCAGCCGAAUUAUAAGGCUCGUUUAGAUCUUGAAAAUGGCGAUGAGGAAGAAAGAUUCGCGGCAGUGUUGAGGCCGACUGAAGGUAAAUAUGUGCCGCCAGCAAAGAGGAAACACAUAAAUACUGGAAAAUUGGUGCGUUCAACACCGCCACCAGUUUCACCUGGACCGACAACAAAUAAAAAUACUUUCAGUCAACCACCACCGUCAAAUCCACCAUCGUCAAACAUUCCAGUGGGCAUAUCUUCUCAUCCAUCGCCACAAUCGCAUUCAAUCCCUCUUAAUACAGGGAUGCCAAGUGGCGUAAUUGUUAAUUACCCUCCACCUUUUGUGCCAACGCCUACAACUCAACCGCCACCAAGUGCAGGAAUUCCUGUUGUACCCCCAGCGCAAUCUCAAUCACAAACAUCUUCAAUUCCGCAAAUUGCAUUCUCUCAACAACAACAGCAAUCAUCACAGCAACAGCAGAAUAAUGUAAAUAAUGAAAAACGCGAACGACCCGGUCGACAGGUUCAUCAAUCUGAUAAAGCCCCACCGGCACCAUUUCCGCAAGCAAAUAUUGCUUCACAUCAACAGCAGCAAAUGCAACAUUCAUCUCAUCCUCCAAUUCAACAACAAAAUUCCAUUGAAGCACAGAGAUGUGAAAUUAUUCCUCCCAAGACAGAGCAUAGAAAGAUAACAACACCAAGAGGAAGAGAUGAACAUCAUGCGGAUUUGGCACAAUUCUCGCGUGACUUUAAAUUAAGUGAAACGCCUGCUCAAGAAACACCGCCUAUUACAAGAAAACAUCAACAAUCACAACAUCAGGAGACACAUUCCACUCCAGUUCAACAACAAACUGCUCACCAUCAAUCAUCACAUCAACAUCAGACAUCUCCCCAAGCUCAACCACAAACUCCACAAGUAUCACAUCAAUCACAUCAAUCGCAUACACCGCAUCAACAACCAGUGUCCGAGGAGCCACUAGUCACCAGUAAACCACCACCGGGUCCAAUUCCCGUACAGACAAAUUCACCACCUCAACAGCAACCACAGACAACGCCACCAAUUCCAGCCGCUGAACCGGCUGUCGAAAAAAUUACAACUGCUUUCAAAAAAUCAACAUUAAAUCCAAACGCUAAAGAAUUCAAUCCUAAUGCUAAACCAUUUACUCCGCGAUCUCCAAGUACACCAACUCCAAGCAGACCACACACUCCUCAGACUCCGCAAUAUAGUGGCGCUGCAAUGUCCGCUACUGUUGUUAUGCCAGCGUAUGUAAUGACAAGCCAACCACCCACUGCUUUCACUCAACCCCCAUCCCAACCUGUUACAAGGUUCCGGAAGGGUCAGUAUCUAGUACCCAUGAUGCCACAUCGCGCGCCAGACAUUGCAUCACAAAUGCAAGUGGCAGCGGCAACUGGACAACCAUUGUUGGCUCCAGCGCCGCUGCAUCCACCAUUCCAGGUGCCUUAUCCAGGUCAACAAACCUACCAACAAAUGGUGCGCAUGGUGCAAGCGCCACCACCACCGCCGCACAUGGGAACGCCUUAUCAUCACCAUCAUCACGAAUCACCAGGGCCCCAAGCGCCGGGCUUACAGUACAUGGGACCUCACGGUCAUCCCCAUCACGUUGCUCAACAACAACAGAGUCAAACACAAUCGUCAGCAAAUCCCAAUCAAUCACACACUCCAGGAGCCUAUAAUCCUCCAGGUACACCUCAACCAUCAUAUCCUCAACCACCACCGCAAGGUCACGCAGCAACCUAUCCAAUAAUGUGUCCAAUUAUUCCGCAACAUUUACCUCUACCUCCUCAACAUAUGCAAUACCUUCCACCCCAACCACCUGGACAAACAAUACCAGUUAUUCUCCCUCAUAAUCAGUAGCUGCUUCAAAACAAUCAAUAGAGAAUGAGAGGGUUUAUAGUAUUCAGCAAAGAUAUAUAGAAAAGAAUAUUAAAUUUUAAAAAAAAGUCAACUCGAUAUUGAUUCGCUGUUAUUUCAACCACUGGAGCAAUUUUUUCUCAAUUGCUUGUUAAAGCAAAAUCGUCUCUUUCUCUCUCUCUCUCUUUCUCUUUCUAUUAACUGCCAUAAAAUACUUCUCUAAAAAAUUGGAAACCGUGUUUCCUGUUUUAUUAUUCAGAGAAGCUAUAUAAAAAAAGGGAUCGAUUUGUAAUCAAAAGAAAAAAGGCCGACUUGAAAAAAUCUAGUGAAAAAAAAUCGCGCGACAAAUAAACAAUUUUCAAGUUGACUUUUUUAUAUCGAGAAAAAAAAUGGAUUACUGAAAAACUAAACAAAGUAAUCCAUUCACUUUGCGACAAUUUUAUUUCACCCUCGCAACUCUUGACGUUCUAUACCAAAGCAAAAUAUAAACGAAAAACAAGAAAUGAAACUUUGAAAAAAGAAAGUCGAUGAUUUUUUCUUAAACUGGCUUUAAGAAUUGCUCGCGUUCACCCGCAUUUGAGAAAGAAGAAAAACAAAUCUCGCUUUUUAGGUAUUAAACUCCCCCCGAGUUUAAACCUAAUUUCUUUUUUCUCUCUAAACACGACUGAAACGGAAAUUAGUUUCCAAAAAAAAAAAGCGGAAAGAAUUUUUUCAGCAGAAUUAACUUUGAUUUUAAACAAAGUUUAUUACAGUCGCACCUCUUCAUUAAUAUUCGUUUUUAUAGUGAAUUUUUUCGAAAGAAGAGAAGCGAAUGGACAUUUUUUUUUCCAAAUCACACGCGUGAUCUGCUGAAUCUGAUCCUAAAUAGGAAAAAAAAGGAAAAUAAAAACUAAAAUUGUUGAGAUAAAAAAAAUUUGUUAAGAUCGGUAAUCGAGUGUGUCCAUCUCCUCAUCGAAAUAGAAGAAAAAAAAGGUAGAGCACAGAGUUUCAUUAAAAAAAGAUCCCAAACUCUGUGAAUUGUUGAUAUUGAGUUUUGUUAUGAAAUUCUUGUAUAAGAAAGAAAUUAGGAAAGCAAUGGCUCAUUAUAUGAGGUUUCUCAAUGGGAUUCCUGCAUUUUCUCUUAAAAAAAAAAAUAUCGAACGAUAUCGCGAAAAUUAAUAACACGUGUUCCCUAUUCAAGGUACAAUAAAUAAAUAAAACAAAAACUAAUAGAAAUGCUUUUAAAAAGUAGAAUAUUGCAAAAAAUUGACAAUUUUCCCAAAUUCAAUAGUUCAAUUUUACACUUAAUCCUUCCCCUCCCCUAAAAAAAAAAAUAUGUACAUUAAGUUUUAAAUUAAAUUUAAAUUAAUAUAUCUUCGACAAAAAUGCUUUUCAAGUUAAAUUACUCAUUCAAAUUUUAGACGAAAAUGGAAAUCACAUCGUUUUUUUUUCAUUAUAAUAAUAAUUGUAAUUUCGAUUUGAAACACUGUAAAGAAAAUAAGCAUGAUUUUAUCAAUUAGAAAAAAAAUUAGUAGCAAAAAUAAAAGAAAACCCCGUAAAGUAUUGUUAAAUUGUUUUACUGUAAAUUCAAGACAGUUUCUGAAAAAAAAAAUUUGUAAAUAACAAAACCUUCUGUUCAGUUGAUCCUUCAAAAUGUGCGUUUAACAUUUGUUGAAUAAAAAGAAAAAAUGCAUCGAUUAUUGUCACGGGAAAAAUGAAAGGUCUGCUUCCACAAGUUUAAAAACUAUCUUUUAGGUACUACGACAUUGCGUUCUAUUUUUUAAAGUGCUUAAAUGCACUAGGUAUCGUGAAAAUCUGUACCUAAGAAAGACUAGAAUCGCAUAUCGUUAGAUAUCGUUGAAUAAAAGAAAAAAAUAAAAGAAUUAUCUUUUACGGCCUUAGACCUAGUCGUGUACAUAAGAUGGAAAGGUAGGGAACGAUCCUCAUUUGGAAGGUUCACUGCGUGGUAUCGUUAGACACAAAUUUUAUAUCGAAGAGAUUUAAACUUGAAAAAAAACAUCAAAAUAAAGUAAAAACUUUAAAAGCCAAA